GUUGAUUUAAUCAUAAUUAUGUACUUUGUUCAACAAAACAUUUACUCUCAAAAGUCAUUCAUUCAGGAUUUGCACUUGGAUCGGUUGUAGGAUGCAUAUCGACACAACCUCGAUCAGUCUGUUGCUGUCUUUGCUCAUAGCGUCUUUUCUUCAAAAUGUAGAAGCAAAUACUUUGAACAAUCAAACAAAUGCCACCUAUUACAAAACAGACUGUUUUGAGAGGGGGAUUGAUAUAAUAUGCUUCAAACAAUUCCUACAACCGGCAGUAGAGACGCUGAAUGAUACAAGUUCCAAAAAUUUCUUAUCGGCAUUAUGGAGAAAGAUCAACAGUGAAGCUGAUACUACGGCGAAUUCUCGACACAAAAGGCAGGCUAGUGGUGUACCAAUCAGGAGGGAAGUCAGAGCAGCUCCAUACGAAAAUAAUUUCUUACGUUACGCACUGGCUGUACGGAGAUUAAAGUACCAUUAUGGAGUUCGUUCUGAUAUGAAUACCUACGACAUCCUUGCAAGCAUUCAUACAGGGAGUAACUCGGAACACGACGGACCUGGUUUUCUAUCUUGGCAUAGGAUAUACCUUUUAUUAUUUGAGGCUGCAUUACAAGCUGUUUUUGGACGAGGAGUAACAGCUCCGUAUUGGGACUCCUCACUGGAUUUUGCCAUGGGAGAUAGACAAUCAAGAACAAUUAUAUUUUCAAACAAAUAUUUUGGGACUCCAGUGAUAGAUACGGUUACCGGAGGUUUCUUUGCAAACUUACCAGGAAGAACUAUUACUCGUGCUAUUAAUGGAAGGGGAGGCUUAAUUUCUAAAAAUGCCAUAGCUGCUGUUCUUUCCAGAACAAGUCAUAGUCAGAUUGUAAAUCAGGAUCAAGUCAGGUAUUGCUGGGAAUGUUACCAUGACAUAGUACAUCGAUGGGUAGGCGGAAUCAUGGAAACCGGGAUCAGUGCUGCAUUUGACCCAAUAUUCUGGUGUCAUCAUUCAUUUGUUGACAAAAUCUGGGAACUAUUUAGGCAGCGAUUACGAAAUGCCCCUGCAGAUUACCCAUUAGGUUAUGAAAAUCAUGGUCCAAAUGAACAAAUGAAUUUUAACAAUUACAGAUAUCAACCAAAUCCGCCUAUUACUAAUCAAGAAGGUUUCAGUAAUAGAUUUGCCCGUCUGAGAGAAUAUGCUCCAGCACCAUCGUGUCAAAACCAGUGUUCCAAUAGUCCAGAUCUACUCUGCGACCCAACAAGAGAUAUAUGUGUCUCGCGAGAGGCAGUAACUUCAGUGGGUCAAAAUGCAACAGCAGAUGAUAUUGCGUCAGGUUGGUCAGAUAUAACAACAACUGUGAUGGCGUUGAGGAAAGUUAAGCAAGAGGUAUUAAAGGAUAUUCCACCUGGUUCACCUCUUAAUUUGUUUAAGGUUAGGCAUUUCGAUCCGAAUACUCGUUCUCUUUCUGCUUUUGAUGUAUAAUGAUGCUGCUGAGUAUAAACUCAAAGUCUAAUAAAUAUC